GACAGAUAUACUAGACUCCGGAGACAAUAUUAUCUUGAAACCAAACGAAGAUGGCCAACAAAGUGGCAAUCUUAACCCUUCUUGUGGUGGUCGUUGCAGUCUCUGGCUACGGAAAGGGGGGGAAAAUUCGACUCUGCGCCCGACUCUGUACGGUCAAAUCCUCUGUGUGUGGCUCUGAUGGCAAAACUUAUGACAGCCGAUGCCAACUGGAGAAUGCAGUCUGUGGUGGCGUGAGUGUCACUUUCCAUCAUGCCGGACCCUGCAAUCCUCCAAAGAGGUGCCCAUUAGCAUGCCCCGCGGUAGUUGCCCCUGUGUGUGGGACCAACGGGAAAACUUACUCGAACUUAUGCCACCUUGAGGUUGACAAAACCUGCAACGGUGCUUACGUUUCCAAGAAGCAUGAUGGACGUUGUGGUUGCAACCCCGUCGUCGCCUGCCCUGCGAUCUAUGCCCCCGUGUGUGGCAGUGAUGGCAAGACUUAUGACAACGACUGCUAUUUCAAGGCAGCUGUUUGCAAUAAUCCAGAUCUUACGAAGGUUCGAGACGGUACCUGUGACUGCUCUCCUCUCAUCGGCUGCCCCAAGCACUACAGCCCCGUGUGUGGCAGCGACGGAGUCACCUACAGCAACGAUUGCUUCUUCCAGAUAGCGCAGUGCAAGAACCCCGCGCUCGUCAUAGUAUCUUAUACUAGCUGUGAAUGCAACCACGUCUGUACUGAAGAAUAUUACCCCGUGUGCGGAAGCAAUGGCAUCACGUAUUCGAACGUCUGUCUGUUGAAUAAUGCAGCGUGUGAGGACUCCUCCAUUUACAAGGUUUCGGACGGAAUCUGUGGUCGGAAGACUGUACCUAUAAAGAAGGGGUAUUAAAGACAACAGCCGGAGUCUUGAAGUUUUUUUUUCAUUCUUCUUUUCAAAAUUUACUCUUUGGUAUGAUAUGAUGAUUUAAUCAACAAAGGAAAUUAAUCUGUAACUUAUUUCAUAUAUAUACACCUUAUGAUGACUUAACAUAAUAAACAAAGGAAAUUAAUUUGUAAUUUCCGUUUCAUAUAUAUACAUCACAUGAUAAAUCUAAUCAAUAAUAGAAAUUAAUUGUAAUUUAUUUUGUUAAUGAACAUACCAUAUCAUGUAAAAUUGAUUUCGUGAAUUAGCUCACAUUUUCUUAUUACUACUGAAGACCCUAUUUUGACAAAACAUAUGAAUGGGAGUAAAAUUAUUAUAAUAAUAAUUUUAUCAGAAAGAAUUUACCAGAAAGAGGGGAAAAUUCUAGAAGCUAAAAUGUAAGGCAAUAAAGUCGUUUAACAAUUA